AUGCGCCGUGAAACGCCGUCGUUGCCAGCACCGCCACCCACGGUGUUGGCACUUGGGUUCAGGUUCCACCCCACGGACAAAGAGCUUGUCAUAUACUACCUUAAACACAAGGUUUGCGGCGAACCCUUUCGAAACAAUGCUAUUUCCGAGGUCGACAUCUACAAGAGCGAGCCUUGGGACCUCGCAGGUUAUAUCCUUGGCCGAGCCCAGGGUGGAUUGAGGACCAAUUGGGUGAUGCAUGAGUACAGGCUUGUAGAUGAAGAAUUGGAGAAAGCUCGGGUUGGGGCUACUAUGCAGGAUUCAUAUGUGCUGUGUCGGGUAUUUCUUAAGAAUAAUAUUGGACCACUGAAUAGCCACCGAUAUGCUCCUUUUAUUGAGAAGGAAUGGGAUGAUAGUGCACCGGUUUUGCUUCUGGGGGAACAGGCUGGGAAGGAAGUGGUAGCCGUCCACAAUCCAUUUGAUGUAGAGGCUGGCUAUGAUGCACAUGCUGAAGAGGCUGGUCAUGAUGAAUGUGAUGAAGAUGCUGGCAAUGUUAUAUAUGCUGAAGAGAAUGGCCGUUACGAAUAUGUCGUGAAUGGUUAUGUUGAAUGCGUUGAAGGGAAUAAUUUUGAGCGGGAUACUCAGUCCAUUAACGGGGCUCCUCUUAGUGCUAGUGAAGUACCAAGAGAGAAUCAAAAUGCUCUGGUCGUUUGCAAGAGUGAGAGAAUGGAUGAUUAUCCUUCGCCGUGCUUGGCUAAUCCAAGACCCAGCCCACUAUUAAGGUAUAAAAAAAGGCGUAAUAAUGAAUUGAACUCUAACCAUUCAAAUGGUUUAGAGACUUCAACUAGGACAAGUCAGGAUCAUUGCUCAUCUACAACAACCACCACCACCGCACCUGCAACAAGAAGGAAUUUCCUUUCUAAACUCGAGGAAUGUUUUCUAUUAGAAUAUAUUGAACCCAAAGAUAGUCUUUCGGUUUCUCCUCUGUUUGAUAUUGCUAAUCUUGAUUCGUCCGUGCCUCCUAGCUGCUUGAAAUUCAUACAAGAUCUGCGAAAUGAGAUGCAUAAAAUUUCAGUAGAGAGGGAGACAUUGAAGUCUGAACUGAGGAGUGCCCAAACCGUGUUUAACAUUCUUCAAUGUCGAAUUGAUCUUCUGAACAAGGAAAAUGAGGACUUGAAGAGGAGUGCCCAAGAUGUCAAGUGACUGGUAGGCGUAUGUUAUGUGAGUUUUGCAGCCCUUGGUGGGCUUUUCCCUCUCACAUCAGUUGAUCUGGGAUCAUGUAUUCUAGGGUCAGGAACUUUUUACUGUUGUUUGAACAUUUGUUUGUAAGAAUGUCAAACUGUAAUGUUGUAUCGGCUAUCGAAGCCUUUGUUCUGAAAAAUAGGUAAUGUAUGAAUUAGCUGAAACUUAAAGAGAUGAUACAACUGGACUAGAAGACAUCAUAACUUCUGAAUCUUUGUUGAUGGUGAUGGGUUCAUCUCCUACGAACUACAUGUAGUGUGAAGAUCAUGUGAUAAGCAAGUCUCAAUCAAGCGAAUUUGGUUGUGUACGUGUAAGCAAUGCAACUCACGCAAGUCUUGGCAAUGACAACUGCUGCGUGUUCUGAAAUUUUGAGGUUCUUAUCUUGCGUGCCUUCUUCAUGUUACUCACUAUCAUCGGCUGCAUCAACGCAGGUUAACACAAAUUGUAAUGAGAAAUUACCCCAUUUUCCUUGGAUGGCUAUAAGGGCGUCGGUAAAAGUUUCUUUAUCUGAUAUUUAUUAACCUUCGUGUUUACCGCACAGUUGUAGACUCUACUAUGUACUAUAUGGCCCACACGCUCAAUUUGUCCGAUUCUCGAAUCUCGGAAUUGGUGCAUAUAUAUGAUAUUUGCAACUAAAUUCAACGUUGAAAACAGUGAACAGGAUAUUUGAUA